UAACUCAUUUUUCAACGCACAUGCGCAGAUGCAGAUUUCACUGGCGGCCAGUUUGCAUGCUUUCGGUUUUGAGUUGUAGCCAGCCAAUAUGAUGGUUGAAGAUGGAAACGACUUUGGAGACCUGCAGCAGCAGGCUGAACAGCUCACAGCAGAGAUGGAGAGUGGAACAGAUUUGCCCCGAGUGUCGCGUAACCUCACACAGAUCCUGGAGGCUGGACAGCGUCUUCUGUCUAAAGUUGCACCCAUCAGCCAAGAUUCUACAGACGUCAAAGCCUCCAUCUUGCUGGGAACAAAGGGCUAUGACGUCCCUAGGAUAGCCCAGAAGUUGGAAGGCCUGAGUGCAGCGAAGUCUUUUGAGCCUUUGGAGCCAAUAAGAGAUACAGAUAUAGAGAGCUUCUUGAGAAAUGAAAGAGAGAAUGCUCUCCUAGCAGUCAUUGAACAGACCAGGAAAAAUACAUUUGAGGAGACUGAGAAGAGACACUGGGAGUGUAUGGAGAGUGAAUGGGAACGGGAGAAACAGAAGAUUCUAAACUCAUUGAGAGGUCUCGGGCAGGAUACACUUGACUUCCAACCAGAGUCUGAGAGUUUCCUAGCUGAUCCUGUCAACAUGCAGGGCCGUAGUAGCCUGGACAACAUAGAGGCAGCAUACGCAAGACAGGUGUUUCAGUACAAUGAACAGAUUGUACAGGGAAGUGUGAGACCUUGUCUAGUGGAUAUGUUCCUGGACGUGGCAAAAAAACUGGACGACAAGCAUGUGGUAGAUUUAUGGGAGAUGGUGAAAUAUAUGGUGGAGGUUCCACUGGUGUCCACGAGUAGUAUUGGUCAGACACGCUCUGACUACAGGACCCACAUGGCUUUUGUUGACAAGGCACGGGACUACCUCGAGUCGCAAUACACAAAGUACAUCACCACCACCAUAUAUGGUAACCUCCAGCAGGCUCAGUUAGGUGGAAUCCCAGGCACCUACAACCUAGUCCGCAGCUUCCUCAACGUCAAACCCCCCAGCUUCAGAGGACUAGAAGACGAAACAGUUGACGGUCAUCCUACCUGGGCGAUGGUUUACUACUGUCUGCGAUGUGGAGAUCUUCAAGCAGCACAGCAAGUUGUUGACAAGGCAGCGCACAAUGUUGGAGAUUUCACAUCAUUUCUACAGGAAUACAUAGCCAGUGAAGAUCACAGAUUAAGUUCCAGUACAGAAACAAAGAUACAUCUACACUACAGACGCAUAGUAAAGAAUGGAACUGACCCUUUCAAACGGGCUGUGUACUGUGUGAUAGGCCGAUGUGACUACGAGGAGAAUCACUCGGACAUUGCUGACAAGAUAGAUGAUUACCUUUGGAUAAAGUUGUCACAAAUACAGCUUGACCCUGAUCCUGUCAGCCAGGACCAAUUUACUCUACAGAAACUACAGACUAUGUUGUACGAGGACUUUGGGGAGAGCUACUUCAACGGAUACCAGCAGCCGUACCUGUAUUUCCAGGUGUUGAUCCUGACAGCCCAGUUUGAGGCAGCCAUUGAGUUUAUGUCCCGUAUUGACAAGCUUCUAUGUCACUCUGUUCAUGUUGCCCUGGUUCUGUACGAGUUAAAGAUGUUGAUGUUAUCUUCUUCAAAUCAAUCUCAACUCUUAACCAAGGAAGCAACAGACGAACAGCCAAUGAGACGAUUGAAUUUUGUAAGACUCAUCACUAUGUACACACGGAAGUUUGAGGCAACAGACAGUAGAGAGGCACUGCAGUAUUUCUACUUCCUCAGGGACUUGAGAAGCGCGCAGGGAGAGAAUUUAUUUAUGUCGUGUGUGAGUGAGCUUGUACUGGAGACACGGGAAUUUGAGAUGUUGCUUGGGAAGAUUGAACGUGACGGGACACGACGGCCUGGAGCCAUAGAUAAAUUCCAUGGUGAUACCCAGAAGAUCAUAGAACUGGUGGCUAAAGAUACUGAAAGUAAAGGCCUAUUUGAGGAUGCUGUGAGACUCUAUGAUCUGGCUAAGAAACAUGAUAAGGUACUGGAGAUAUUAAAUAAACUGAUCAGCCAGGUGGUCUCCCAGUCAAACUCGCCUCAGUCAUCACGGGACCGUCUACGAAACAUGGCUGUUGGUAUGGCUGAGAGGUACAGGUCCGAGGGGGUGGAAGGGAAUCGAUCAAAUACAAGCACAUUCUUCCUGCUUCUUGACCUCCUCACAUUCUUUGACUUCUACCAUGCUGGCAACAUGGAUGAGGGUCUCUCUGUGAUGAAACAAUUGCAGUUACUUCCCCUUACAGCAGAUGUAGUGGAGCAAAAAGUGAACUCGUUCAGACAUUAUACAGAUGAGGUGCGGAGGUGUUUACCAGAUAUUUUAUUAGCUACAAUGAACAUUUUACAUAACCAGUACAAAAACGCCAAAAACACUGCUCCACAGAGUCCGAUUUCAGGUCGAGGGUCACGGGCAGGCGAUGGUGGAAAAGAAACUUUCUUGAAUUUCCUGAGAAGCCAGGCUCGAGCCCUGAUCAUGUUUGCCGGUAUGCUGCCCUACAGACUUCCAGGUGAUACAAACGCAAGACUCGUCCAAAUUGAAGUCCUUAUGAACUGAUCUAAAUUGCGUUUAAGUGACCAAGAGGUUGUUUGGUGCAAUGAUAUGCCCUUUUACACCACCAGAAAUGGUUUGAGCAAAGGAUGCUGUAAAAAGCAUAUCAAUUACAGAUAAUUCACAGAAUUUUUGAAGUACAAAAUUAAAACAUCAAGAUGAUGUCUUGUGAUUGGUCGAAAUUAAUGUUUGUGUUAGAUAACUUAUCUGAACAGCAAAUAUUUUUAUAUGACAAUUUGUUUAGAAUUUGUUUGUUUUGGGAUAAAAAUGAAUUUUUUAAAUCACUUCGGUCAUGCAGAGUGAUAUUAAAAAGUGUUAUGUGUUUCUUUAGAGACUAAUAUGAAGUUAAUUAUAAGACUUGUUCAGUGUUAAUGGUCUUGAUACAUGUUACAAGAGUUUGAUAAUAAAUAACACAUGUAAAAGACUAAUAUUUCAGACAGAUAACAAUUAGCGUCAAAGCCUCUUUGAACAAGUGGUCGAUAGUUAUGUUCAUUUACAUACAGCAAGAUGUCCAAUCAUGGGUGUCGUAUAUUAAUUUUAUUUCCAAGUAUGAGAAAAAAGAUGAGU